AUGAUCGAGUGGUGUCAAUAGAGAGAGAGAAGGGCCCGAGCACGGUACACAGUUUCAAUACAUUUGCUACCGGUGUUAUCUCCCAUAUAAGGGUAUAUACAGGAAUGCACACACCUGUGGAUGAAUAGCAUUUGCAAUAUCAUCGUCUUAAUAACGCCGGGCCAACGGAAAAGGGUGGAUAUUUUCAGCGCAGUUAUCUACACACGAUUUAAGACAUAGGAGAAUGCAGUACAUGAAAGCGACAAAGCGUAAUCAUGGAUUUCUGAAGUCUGCGUUUGCUCUAGAGAGAACGUCUAUCAUGAUCACCGUCAUGUCGAUUAUUUGGGAAGCCAUUUGAUAGCAGUAAUCGUUUGAAAGAGAACUUCGACAACAAAUUCUUCUCAUGAUCGUGUUUUUCAAUUAUAAAAUUAGGCCACCGGAAGUGGCAAGACUGAACCAGAAGCUCCAGAACUGAAGCUGAACAAAAAGAGAUCUAUUCCAAUAACGACUCUGUCGGAAAUUGAUUAUUAUCUUCAAGUCUUUCGAUACCGGAGCAUUGAAUAUUCUGCCUCAACGUACAGCAAACUUUACAUUGGCGGGAAAACGAUCCAUUUUUUAAGAAUUGCCGUCUGGUAUACUAUAUCGCCAGCUAAGUGAUCGAGGAAAUAUCAUCAUCAUGAUGGAUAAGCUGAGUGUGAACGAAAAGUUCAGGUUUGGUCGUCAAGCAAUACAACUGAGGCAACUCGACAGCGAUCAAUUCCCGAUCAUCGUCAAGAUAAUUAGAUGUGACAUCGAUGGGAGUGAGAUCAAGAGUAAAGAGAUCUUGAGAAUCAACCAUGCAGGCUUCGAGCGUCGAGUCUUGGCUGUUGAUUCGAUGAAGAGGGUCUGGAGUUUCCCCAUCCAUACAGGAGCCAAGUUUGAUAUCAUCGGCAAGACACUAGAAAGUCGCAAGUCCAUCUACAUGCGAGAGAUCGUGGAAGCUACCGAGGGAACCAGUAAACGACCCAAGAAGAUCCGCUUCUCCCAAAUCGAGACGGCUCGGAUCCGGAUAGCCGGUCAGGAGCCGGGUGAGGGGUCAUCAGACAUGCUCAGUGGAGAUUUCAAGAUUAAGGAUGUCACCCGGGUGCAAUACUUCGCGGCUAACCGACUUGUAGAUGACGAGAUCAGUCCCAAAGUCGUCAUACUGCCCUCAAGUUUGGACAUCCAUGUUACCAUGGCAACUGGCUUGAUCGGAAUGCCUGCGACAGCUAUGACGUCGUACAUGAGCCAACUCACGAGAGAGAUCAAGUCAUGGGUGAACUUUGACAUGUGCAGAGGAAGUUCAGAUAUCAUGUUGUACGAUGGAAUGUCGAAAUCACAAAGAAGCAGUAAGACACUCGAGGACCUGGCCAAGCUUAGGAUAUCACCCAAGAUCGUACGAGUUAGUACAGCUUAUCACAAAAACCGCGGGCGACACCAACCUAAGCAGACGACCUCAGCCGGAGAUGAGGGGAACAUCUCCGGCUCCGCUAUGGCAAACAUGAUGGCUGCCUCGCGGGGUGAGAGCUUUAAAAACAGUGAAACAAGUAAUAAGAGUGCCCUGCAAUGGCUUCGAACAGCAAACACGUCGAAUGGGACGACGAAUCCGAUAUCAGGAGAAGAGGAAAUGAGCGAGGAGGAGCGAAAGGCGAUGAUUCGAGCGCGGAAGAGGCUGCUGAUGAGUUUAGACGACUACGGGUACGGGAGCGAGCAAGACACGGAGAGUCGCAACGGGGAUAAUGACAAUAAUAAAAAGGAGACCGAUAAUAGCGAAGUUGAUAACAACGUUGGUGACAACGUAAGCAAUGCGAUAAAGCGCGGAGUGAAUGUCGAGUCUCGGGAAGAUGCGUCAUCGAGCUCGAGAGAAAUCGAUGUACCGAUCAUGGUUGAGCAGACAGACGGGAGUACCCGAGUAGUAAGACGAGAGCAACCUAAACGAAACGCAACAACUAAAAGAGUUGGCGGGUUCUUCGGUUCGUCUGCAGAUGAAUCGGGCGGUCGUUCUGGUGGUCAUAGAAACGAAGACGCUGCCGAACCUGUACUCCGUCAGAGUCGAUUCGUUCCCUUCGAGAUGUCCGGCUCGAAUUACACCUCGGUGUCGAAAAAAUGGGUGAAUGGAGGCAGCGGCUCCGAGCAAAGUGCCACAACGCGUGCGGUGACGAAGAGGAAGUCGAACUUCAAGUUCUUCUCGCUUUCGAGAUCGAGUAAACUGGAGGAAAAGGAAGCAGCCAAACGAAUGAGCUCGGUUUCAGGUGACGUCGAGGUUGAUGAGCACAUUUCUUCCCUCAUGAGGUUCUUAGAUAUACAAGGAGCUGAAUCCCACCUAGACUAAACAUAUUUUUGUAUUCAAGAAGAAGAUUACUAGGAACUUGUAAAUGGCAUUGUGCCCCAGCUAUGUGCAAAGGAAGUAUCCGCGUGCCAAAAUUUACCAAGAAAAUGUUUGGAAAAAAUUAUUGCAAAAUACGAUGUAGAUAUUAUUUACAAUGACAUGUCUACAGAUAGUUUAAGAGUGAUUUCAAAAUGCCUCUAUAUCUUAUCGACAACCAAAUAUUGCAAUUUGCCAUUAACCCCUUUUCGUUGUCAUUGUGGGACAGUAUUGUAAUUGUGAAUUUUAUUGCUUCUGAUAUGACUUUUUCUGAAAUAAUAUCUUUCCGAUAUAACCAAGUUGCCUCAAUACUGCUCUUCCGAAUAGUUAAGCAUUUAGCUCGCUUAUGCUUACUUGGACAAAGAAAUUAUGGAGAUUUGUUUUUGAGAAUGUGACCAAUGGGACCCCCAAUGUACUUUCCCUUUGAUUGUGCAGAGACAUUGAACUGCUGAGAGUAGCUAGCUCUCAUACAACAAUAAGUAUGUGGUAGCUGAGUGCUUCUACACAAGAGAAGCACCACCAAUACAAUGGAAUACAAUUUCAAUGGUAUCAUUGUGUCUGUGAGAGUGAUCACACAAUGCCAAAUACAUGUACAGUAUGGUCUUAGUAUAUGCAAAACAGAAAUGGCUGUACCUACAGUAUGGCUGUACAUACAGUAUGGCAAACCUGAGAAUAAUUCUUACUCAAUGAUGUAAGGGGAAUAUGACUUCCAGACGCAGUUCUACAGAGGAUGGAUUUGUGAAGAGCUCAAGCCCCCCCCCCCCCCCAACGUCCCAGUCUCCCUUUUUUGUUCUUCUUCUAGAACCGCUCUUGAGCUCCUCAUAUACAGUAAACGCAAUGCAGAAUUGACGGGAAUAAUCCGAGUUGCCAAAGGGUCUGUGUUAAGUACAUGUGUUAACCUCCAGCUCAAAACAGUUUUGUAUUCACGCUUUCCGAUCUGGUGUAUUAUUCAACGUAUCGGUCUCUACUACAUGACUUAGGGGAACAUUAUUAUUUAACGCUUUUCUUAUAUUCCAUAAUGUAUAGUACGUUGAUUAACUGUUUAAUAAUUCAUGUCAAAUUUGUUGUUAGUGGUUUUGUUUUUAUAAUAAGGGAGUUUACAGAUAGCACAUGGUACAAAUGACCCCAAAUAUCCACAGAUCUUUUACACAUGGAGUCUGGAGAAGUUCCACU